GUCUAUCCUUACAGAGUCGACCGUUGGAAACAUAACUAGUAGACACUAGGCAAUAACUACACCCCAACACUUGAAACUGGAACUGACUCUCCACAACUGUAAAACAACAAUGGUAGCAAGAAGCCCACCAAAGCAUAAGAAAUUGGCGACUCCUCUAGACACCACUCUUCUUACACAAACUCUAAACAAGGUGGACAAGUGCUUAGCUAGAUUACAGGAGCUUCAGUACACGGCAAAUGGAGGAUCGAAAGUGAUCUCCGGGGUGAAUCUUAGUCCUCGGAGUACCAGAUGCUACUUGAGAACUAGCCUCAGGUGUAAACAAGAGUCUGCCAGGAUCAGGAAUACGACCCCUCUUAAAUCUUCAUAUGGGAAAUCGACAACUACUGGGGAAUGGCAAAGAAUGUCACUACCAGCAAUGCUUUUACGCGAAACAAUGGAAGAAAUCAUACAAACAACUCAAUUUGCACGAGACACGGUGGCUGCUAUUGCUCCUGCAAAUAGACCAAGCUCAGACAAAGACCCCAAAACUCCUUUAUCCAUAAAACAGAAUCACAGGCCAAAACUCGAAAACUCUGUACUCAAGGCAAGAAGAAACAGAGAAAAACAAACCACAUUACCCUCGAUUCGAUCAAAUGCUGAUGACCCGUACCUCCAACGGGCUAAAACCCACAUUAAUUUCAAGACAAUUUCGCCUUCAAAGAGGGCAACUCACAAAGAAAAUUCCCAGCAUUUUAAAGCUAACAGGGUGUCCCCAGGAAAUAACCUAUGGCCUAAAAAGGCAGUAUUAUUUCCAAACCAUAUUUUUGAUUCAUCAUCAUCAAUCAGCAAGACAAAAUCUCCCCUGAUCACCAGAACUCGACAAGCAACUCCUCAUAAAUUUUUAGUCAAGUCACCUGGUGCAUCAGCUUCGAAGUUCCAAGUCAAGAUCAAGAGCCCACCACUCUCUCUGUCACCCCCGAAAAAUUUAUAUCUGAAUAGAAGAUCUCCAAAGGUGUCUACUGCAGCAAAGUUGCGAAGAUCGUUCUCGCCAUCAAGAUUGGCAAACAGACUAGUAUCCCCACUGAAGAGUAGAAAAUUGGGUAUAGAAAAGAGUGAUGCAAUGAAGAUAAUGAUGAGUGGGCUCAAGCAAAGACCAUCUUGUUCAACAUCAAUGUCAUUCCUAGCUCGAAGAAAUUGAGGAAGCUAUUUGGGAUGUCAAAACUAAUGUAUUUCCCUGUUUACAGUUUUCUUGUUUCUUUGUAGAUAUCUACUCAAUGUCUCUAAUCUUUCUCAGUUCAGGCUAUGAAUUUCAGAUGCA